UAAUCAUAGAGUGGGCGAGGCUACACUGCGCUAUAUAAGGUGGAGCGCAGCACCCAUUGCGCACUCUGCAUAGCUGUUUUCUUUGUGAUCGUUAAGCUGCACUUGAAUAAGAUCUCAUCAUGUCUGACGAUGGAAAGCUUUUUGUUGGAGGUUUGAGCUUUGAUACCAAUGAGCAGAGUCUGGAAGAUGUAUUCUGUAAAUACGGGAACAUUGCUGAAGUGGUUGUGGUGAAGGAUCGGGAGACCAAGAGAUCGCGUGGCUUUGGUUUUGUCACAUUCGAAAAUGCUGAUGAUGCGAAAGAUGCCAUGCAAGCGAUGAAUGGGAAGUCUGUGGAUGGUCGUCAGAUUCGGGUUGAUCAGGCUGGAAAGUCCUCUGGUGACAGGAGAGGAGGCUACAGAGGUGGCUCAUCUGGAGGAGGAAGAGGGUUCUUCCGUGGAAGUAGAGGCCGUGGUGGUGGUGGAGGAUAUGGAAGCAGCGGUGGCCGGUUUGAUCGAAGUGGAGGAAGCAGCAGCUAUGGCGGUGGAUCCCGGGAUUAUUAUGGUAGCAGUGGGAGAAGUCAAGGAGGUUAUGGUGAUCGCUCAGGAGGAAGCUCCUACAGAGACAGUUAUGACAGCUACACCUCGCACGAUUAAAAUACCUUCCUGACUCAAGAUCGUCCUUCCAAUGGCUGUAUUUAUAAAGAUUUUUGGAGCUUCGCUGAAUCAAUAAUGUGUAGUAUGUCAACUUGUGUUCACUUUUUUUAUAUAAAUUUGGUUAAUCUCGACAGCCUCACUGGUAGAAUGUGUGAACAGCUGUUCAGAGGGUGUUAUCCUUCGGGUACGUUUUACUUUUUGUUUCCUACUGCUGUUCUGAGGCUGAAGAUACAGGAAGCUCUUAUUUGUGAAUGAGCAGAUUUAUGUUGCAGGAAAUGGCUUUGCUCAGCAAAUGGAGUGAUGCAUUUGCAUCCCUGUAAAUGGGUAUGUCUCCUACUACAGCGUGGUCUUGCUAGAUCUCUAGCUGUUAUGUAAAUAGUCAUGGGAUUGAAACUAAGCUUAAUUUGAGCUCUUGUUUUGAAAAUACUAUUUCAAUGUGACAAGAGUGCAGAGCCUAGGUGCGCUGCAAAAGAUGGCUGUACCACCUUGAUAUAACUAAAGUGAACAAAUGGAUCUGUCACAAGAUGUUCUUAAAAUGUUUGUUUGUAUUGUCUUUUUUAUAAAAAUAGUUCAUUUGAAUACUGUACUGAAGUGGUUACAGAAUUGUAUUUACUUUCUUUUUGGCUUCACGAAGCCUAUUAAAAGACAGUCUGAAAGAAA